GGGUCAUGUCAGAGAUGGUUAAGGACAGUGUUACGAUCAUGCUUUGGUUCACGUUCACCCAAUUUUAAAACGAGGAGUCCACGUGUCUUCUCUGUAGCUCACGUUACCCUGCGAAUAGGAUGGACUGCCUGACAGGCAAAACCCAGGGAUACCUUCACAAUUGUAAAAUUGGGUCCUGAGUCCUGUGUCGGUGGCGGAAGAUGGCUGACAGCGGAGCCGUGGCAGCGAGAAGAUGCGACUCUGGCUCACUGUCCUCGGUGAGUAUGGAGACCAUCUCAGCGCUGACGGAGCUGGAGGACCUGGAGAGAGUUUACCGGCAACUCUGCACGGAGGAGAAAGAAGUGGAUUCUGAGCUGGACAGACUGGUGGGGCAGGAGGGGACUAUCCACACAAAGAUGCUGGCACUGCAGAGGAUGGGGCCCAACCUACAGUUGAUUGGAGGAGAUGCUAGUCAGCUGUCAGGCAUGAUCACAUUUACCUGCAGCCUGGCUGAAAACGUCAGCCGCAAAGUCAGACAGCUAGACCUGGCAAAGACACGACUGUAUAACGUCAUCCAGCGUGCCGACGAUAUCCUCGAUCUGAAGUUCUGCACAGACGGUGUACAGACAGCUCUACGUAACGAAGAUUUUGAGCAGGCUGCUGCUCACAUCCACCGAUACCUGUCUCUGGACCAGUCGGUUAUUGAGUUGAGCCGGCUGGGAGAAGAAAGCAGUGUUGUGGAUGCUAGUCUGGUAAUGCUGCAGGAGGCAGAGAAGAAACUGAAGGUCAUCGUUGCUGAGAAACUAGAUGAAGCUGUUGCAGCAGUCGACCUCGCACAAGUGGAAAGGUUUUUCAAGAUCUUCCCUCUGUUGGGCCUCCACCAGCAGGGCCUCGCCCGCUUUGGCCAAUAUCUCUGCAGUCAGCUUGCCUCCAAAGCUGAGGAGAACUUGCUCUUAGCUACAGGAGGAGACCUGGGCGAGAAGAGAGCACCGCUGGUAUUUGCAGACACUCUUACGCUGCUGCUGGAGGGUAUUGCUCGUGUCAUUGAGACUCAUCAGCCCAUAGUUGAGACGUAUUACGGUCCCGGCCAUCUGUACACACUCAUCACUCACCUGCAGCAGGAGUGUGACCGACAGGCUCAGAAAAUAGUCGACAAGUUCAUCCAGCAGAGAGGUUACCACAACAAGUUUCAGGUCGUCCAGGGCAGCAUGAUGAAGAGCGUGCCGACAGAGACGAUCGAGCCCAGGGAGCUGGACCCUGUAUUGGCUGAAGUAACCCUGAUGAACGCAAGGGCGGAGCUCUACCUACGUUUUUUACGCCGACGCUUGCUGGCCGACUUUGAAGUUGAUGAUGCUCAGAGCGUCACACCGGAGCAUCAGCAGAACGUGGAAAAGCUACUGAAACACUGCUUGCUGAGCCGGACGAUGCAGGAGCUGAUUGGCUACUAUGUUCCAAUGGAAGAGUUCUACAUGAGGGAGUCUGUCAACAAGGCUGUUACUAUGGAUACAUACGAAAAGGGUCUGCUGACCUCGAGCAUGGUGGACGACUGUUUCUACAUCGUGAAGAAGUGCAUUAGUAGAGCUUUAUCCAGCUCCAGCAUCGACUGCCUCUGUGCCAUGAUCAACCACGCUAACUCUGUGCUGGAGUCUGACUUCAGGGAGGUGUUGUAUAAUAAGCUACGACAGGGCUUCCCGGCUACGACGCUUCAGGACAUCCAGCGUGGCGUCAGCAGUGCAGUCAGCCUGAUGCAGAGCAGCUUACAGCAGGGGAAGUUCAACACAAUGGGCAUUGAGAGUGCUGAAAACGCCAAGGCUGCAUUUCUGAUGACUCUGAAUAACGUAGAGGUGUGUAGUGAGAAUAUUACGACUUUAAAGAGGAACCUUGAGAACGACUGCUCCAAGUUGUUCAAUCAGGGCGCCGGCUCUGGAGAACAAGCCAAGAUUGAGAGCUGUUUGUCCGACCUCGUCAACACAUCCGCCAAGUUCAAGGAUCUCUUACAGGAGGGCCUGACUGAGUUGAACACAACAGCCAUAAAGUCUCAAGUCAAACCCUGGAUCAGCAGCUUCCUGUCCAUCUCGCACAACAUAGAAGAGGAGGAGUUUAAUGAUUACGAAGCUAAUGAUCCCUGGGUGCAGCAGCUCAUCAUUAACUUGGAGCAGCUCAUGGCGGAGUUCAAGACGGCCAUGUCUCCUGUCAUCUACGACACACUGACCAGCCUGAUGACCAGCUUGAUAUCUAUUGAAAUGGAGAAGACCGUCCUCAAAUGCUCAUUCAGCAGGCUUGGAGGGCUGCAGUUCGACAAAGAACUUCGGUCUCUUGUGGCGUACCUCACCACCGUGACCACCUGGACCAUCAGGGAUAAGUUUGCUCGUCUCACACAAAUGGCCACCAUCCUCAACCUUGAGCGGGUAACUGAGAUCUUGGAUUACUGGGGUCCUAACUCGGGCCCCCUGACGUGGCGGCUGACCCCGGCGGAGGUGCGUCAGGUUCUGGCGCUGCGUAUUGACUUCAGAAGUGAAGACAUCAAGAGGCUGCGACUUUAACUCAUGAACCACUCCGCUGGUUAGCGGCGAUUGCCGUGCAGUACCCACCUUGUGAUGCUUUUCACUAAAGAGCUCUGCACAAUCCAGGUUUAAUCCAUGUUUCUGUAAAUCGACGUGGGCAAAUAGCCCGGUUUCUUUCUUCCUCUGAAACAAAAAUGCUCAUCCUGGAGAUUCCAGACUUCUCCAGGCUCGGCUCAUGUCAGUCUGUAUGAGAGUUACAGCUCAGAUGUUAGGGGCAUGGUUUGUGGUUAAGGCGAGACACUACAGGCAUAAACAUCGAGGUGUUUAUUUUAUUGCACUAUGUCUAUUUGCGUCUGUAAAAUUCUCUUUAAUUCACCAACAGUUAGCAUUACAUAAUGCUCCAUCUGCAUAUUUAAACAACCUUUUAGAAGACUUGUUAUACAAAAAAGAGUUUUCUUAAUGUAAGUAAUCAACUAGGGGAAUUUUAUAGUGAUGUCUAUUAGUUAAAGAUGUUUACCCUGCUGCGUCUCCCCUGAACAUGGCACAGAUGGUGAACUACUUGAUAUGAAUGAUCUGUAAAAUAUGAGAAUAUUCUCUUGAAUGUGUAAUUAAAAGUGUAUUUGUGUCACACGGGGAGUUCCAACCUUUAAACCUGUAGCUGGAUCUGAGAAACGAGGGCGCGCUGGGACCGAGGCAUGGAGCUCUGCGGCUGUCAGCGAGAGAGAGCAGUAAUGAACAUCAUGCCCAUUAAACUGACAGAAGCAGGUCAGAAAGCUGAUCCAGCCUAGUCACUCAAUAUAUGAAUAGCUCCUUGUCUGUGAUGAGGGAACACUUUUAACCUAAUAAAUUGAGAGUGCUGCCCUAUUGCCAUGCAAGGCCUGUUCCCAAUCUUUUAUACAUAUUUCUGACACUAAAUACAAAGCUGUGUUCACCAGGCAAUGAAGCAUUAAAAGUGGUCCAUGUCA